AUGCAGUCUUACCAUUUUAAUUCCUUCCAUGUAUUUUUUGUUUCCUUUACAGUACUCUGUGCAAAAAACUUGGUGAAAAAGGAUUUUUUCCGACUUCCUGAUCCGUUUGCUAAGGUGGUGGUUGAUGGAUCUGGGCAAUGCCAUUCUACAGAUACUGUGAAGAAUACGCUCGAUCCAAAGUGGAAUCAGCAUUAUGACCUGUAUAUUGGAAAGUCUGAUUCAGUUACGAUCAGUGUAUGGAAUCACAAAAAGAUCCAUAAAAAACAAGGUGCUGGAUUUCUUGGUUGUGUUCGUCUUCUUUCCAAUGCCAUCAACCGCCUCAAAGACACUGGUUAUCAGAGGUUGGAUCUAUGCAAACUUGGGCCAAAUGACAAUGAUACUGUUAGAGGACAGAUAGUAGUUAGUCUUCAGUCCAGAGACCGAAUAGGCACAGGAGGACAAGUCGUGGACUGCAGCCGUUUGUUUGAUAAUGAUUUACCAGACGGCUGGGAAGAAAGGCGAACUGCCUCUGGAAGAAUCCAGUACCUAAACCACAUAACAAGAACUACGCAAUGGGAACGCCCAACACGACCGGCAUCUGAAUAUUCUAGUCCUGGCAGACCUCUUAGCUGCUUUGUUGAUGAGAACACUCCAAUUAGUGGAACAAAUGGUGCAACAUGUGGACAGUCUUCAGAUCCCAGACUGGCAGAGAGGAGAGUCAGGUCACAACGACAUAGAAAUUACAUGAGCAGGACACAUUUACAUACUCCUCCAGACCUACCAGAAGGCUAUGAACAGAGGACCACACAACAAGGCCAGGUGUAUUUUUUACAUACUCAGACUGGUGUGAGCACGUGGCAUGAUCCAAGAGUGCCUAGGGAUCUUAGCAACAUCAAUUGUGAAGAGCUUGGUCCGUUGCCUCCUGGAUGGGAGAUCCGUAAUACGGCAACAGGCAGAGUUUAUUUCGUUGACCAUAACAACAGAACAACACAGUUCACAGAUCCUCGACUCUCUGCUAACUUGCAUUUAGUUCUAAAUCGGCAGAACCAAUUGAAAGACCAACAGCAACAGCAAGUGGUAUCGUUAUGCCCUGAUGACACAGAGUGUCUGACAGUCCCACGGUACAAGCGAGACCUGGUUCAGAAACUAAAAAUUUUACGGCAAGAACUCUCCCAACAACAGCCUCAGGCUGGCCAUUGCCGCAUUGAAGUUUCCAGGGAAGAGAUUUUUGAGGAAUCAUAUCGACAAGUCAUGAAAAUGAGACCAAAAGAUCUCUGGAAGCGAUUAAUGAUAAAAUUUCGUGGAGAAGAAGGCCUUGACUAUGGAGGGGUUGCCAGGGAGUGGUUAUAUCUUUUGUCACAUGAAAUGUUGAAUCCAUACUAUGGCCUCUUCCAGUAUUCAAGAGAUGAUAUCUAUACAUUGCAGAUCAAUCCUGAUUCUGCAGUUAAUCCGGAACAUUUAUCGUAUUUCCACUUUGUUGGACGCAUAAUGGGAAUGGCGGUGUUUCAUGGACAUUAUAUUGAUGGUGGUUUCACAUUGCCUUUUUAUAAGCAGUUGCUUGGGAAGUCAAUUACUCUGGAUGACAUGGAGUUAGUUGAUCCAGAUCUUCAUAACAGUUUAGUGUGGAUACUUGAGAAUGAUAUUACAGGUGUUUUGGACCAUACCUUCUGCGUGGAACAUAAUGCUUAUGGUGAAAUUAUUCAGCAUGAACUUAAACCAAAUGGCAAGAGUAUCCCUGUUACUGAAGAAAAUAAAAAAGAAUAUGUCAGGCUCUACGUGAACUGGAGAUUUUUACGAGGCAUUGAGGCGCAAUUCCUGGCUCUGCAGAAGGGAUUUAAUGAAGUAAUUCCACAGCAUCUGCUGAAGACAUUUGAUGAGAAGGAGUUAGAGCUCAUUAUUUGUGGACUUGGAAAGAUAGAUGUUAAUGACUGGAAGGUAAACACCCGCUUAAAACACUGUACACCAGACAGCAAUGUCGUCAAGUGGUUCUGGAAAGCUGUGGAGUUUUUUGAUGAAGAACGACGAGCACGGUUACUUCAGUUUGUGACGGGAUCAUCUAGAGUUCCUCUGCAGGGCUUCAAAGCUUUACAAGGUGCUGCAGGCCCACGACUCUUCACCAUACACCAGAUCGACGCCUGCACUAACAACCUGCCAAAAGCCCACACUUGCUUCAAUCGAAUAGACAUUCCACCCUAUGAAAGCUAUGAAAAGUUAUAUGAAAAGCUGCUAACGGCCAUCGAAGAAACAUGUGGAUUUGCUGUGGAAUGACGAACUUCGAGGAUUUACCCAGGACUCUAUUUAUACCCCUCCGACAGCCUCCUUUCAGCAGAGUUUCAAGGAAUGCUGAAAUACAGGAAAAUGCCCCUCCCCCCUUUUUUUAAAUUUUAGGACACUGUGAGGGGAAAAGACAAUUUUGAAAUUCCUUUUCAAGGAAAAAAAGAGGUCUUUAUGCUUUGUCAUGAGGCCACAUUCAGCUGCUAUUUAAAAUUAAUAUCUUGAACCUAAAGAAUGCUGACUUUUCCUACAUUUCCAGAGUUAGGCAGUAUUCUAUACUUAAAGACUACUACUAUUUUUAUAAAAGGUAAUCUAUUCAAAUCGCUUCACAGAUUUCAAGUCUCUCAAACAUCAAGACAACCUCAGCAGUCGGUACAAGUCACAUUUCAUUUUAAUUGAAUACAUGAUUUUGAACAGCUCCUGUACUUGCUCUUUGUAAAAAAAUAAAAUAAAAUUAUUUUGAAUUAUUCUACCUUUGUAAACAAUUGGCUAAAAGAAUCAUUAUCUUUAAAAAAUUAAGCCAUUUACAUGUUUAAUUACAUUUUUCUAUAGCAAAGCAUCAUAUUUUAAAAGCAUUAUAUGUUUCAACCUAACCUAAGUGAGUCUUUUUAAUACUUUUCAAGCAUGAAUUUCCUGGAAUACAGCUAUAUAAUUUUGGUUGUCAGAUUCCUAAUGCAACCAUUUAAUCUAAACUUAGUAGCUUGUUUGCUAUAAUAAGAUGCAUUCAGGGGCUCCCUGUUUUUAAGAGACUUAAAAAGAAAUCCUAAUUUUUUUAAUCUUGAAUCAGUAUGAUCAGGUAUUUUGGAUUGACUUUUCAUCUAAAAUGGAAAUACUGCAUUUUUAUAGCUCCUCAGACCAUGUGGAUGGGAUGAGAUUUUCAUUCUUUUGCUGGGUCAGCUUAUCUUUAUACUAUUUCUGUAAACCAAAGUCUUCUAUGACAAGUGCACCUAAUUUAUAUUAUAUUUUAAUUAUGGUGUAAGUUUCUAUCAAGUAAACCAUCCUGAAUCUUUCUUUAGCUGCUCAUGAUAUUUUAAUCAGCUAAAAUUAUGAAAAAGGAAAAAUUCUGCUCUAAAGAUUAUUUAGCAAGCUUAGAAAACCCUGCUUUUACCUAACAAAAUGAAGUGGGGGUGGUGGGGCAGGGGAUGUGAGUACUAAAGAAACAGUGAUUCUAACUCUAUGGUAUAAAUUACUUUAAAACUGAAGAGUUAAUUUUGGAAGUAAGGGAAUCCCAGUUCCCUUGGUGUUGAAGAUCAGCAUCUGAUUUUGAAAUACCCAGAUUUAGCUUUCAGGGUGUGUGGCAUGUUGCAUGAUCCAGAAGGCAAGCAAAAUUCUGGAGUGAGGGAUUGGAAAAAUCUGAAAUCAUGGGUGGAUUUUUAAAUUCAACCAACAGAAAUCUCUACACUGUUGUAUUUUUUUUUUUUACAUUGAUGUGAAAUCAAGAAUAGCAAAUUUUGAUGAGAUAGCUCUGUUUAAAUUUGCAGCUUAAUUAUCAAGUGAAUAGGCCCUUUGUGUUCUUUCAUUUGGUGGGGAUUGGUUUUCAGUCUGUGUUCUUGGAGCCAAGGGGUUCUUCAGAGGUGCCUCAGAAGUAAUAGUUUAAGAGAGGAAGGACAAAGAGAGGGAGCGGAAAGGCCAAGGUAGUAUUUGAGUAAGGACCUCUACCUCCCCACCCCCACUCCCUUUACCCAGAGCAGCUCCAGGUUUUCUCUUUUAUAUAUUGGAAUUCCAAGUAAGAUUGCAUGGAGGGCAGGGGGAUAGGUGGGAUAAAAGAAGGGGAAAUUUUGCUGCUUAAAAAAAUGUUGAGAACUACUUGUGUAGUUUCUAAGUAUUUAAAUUUAUUUCAUUCCGCCAAAUUUGCUACAUGCAAGCUAGUCAUAAUCAUAACUGUGCA